AUGGAUUUGAUAGGGAAAAUUACAAGGGUUGAAGCUAUAGCAAUGAAGGCGGUUAGUCAGGCAAACAUCAUCCAAUUCCUCAAGAGCCACAUCAUUCACAAGUUUGGGCUCCCAGAGACCAUCACUUGUGAUAAUGGGACCGUUUUCACAGGGGACGAGGUCAUAGUUUUUACAGCUGAGUUGGGGAUAACGUUCACUCAUUCCACCCCGUAUUAUGCACAAGGCAAUGGACAAGCUGAGGCUAGUAACAAGAUAUUAAAAGGUUACUUGGCCAAGGUGGUAGAUGAUAACCCACGGAGAUGGGCAGACAGGCUUUCUGAGGUUCUGUGGGCAUUCAGGACAUCGCAGCGGACUAGCACAGCCACCACACCCUUCACCCUAACAUACGGCCACGAUGCGGUGCUUCCCAUGGAGAUUAGUGUGAAGUCAGCACGAGUGGCAUACCAGCAGGGACUCACACCAACGGCCUACAGCGAAGCGAUGCUGGCCGAGCUAGAUGACUUGGAUGAAGAGCGACUGGCCGCGCUCGAUAGGAUGCAAGUGCAGAAGAAGAAGGUCGCAGUGGUCUAUAACAGGAAAGUCAUCCUUAAGCAUUUCCAAGAGGGGGACAUCGUCCUAAAGGCCGUGCUUCUAAUCAAAGUAAGGGACCCCUGGCUGGGCAAGUGGUCCCCAAUGUGGGAAGGCCCGUUUACGGUUUGCCAGGUACUCCAAGGCGGUGCGCGUAUAGGCUAA